UUAAUCAUUAAAAAAGAAAAAGGAGAGUUUUUUUUUUCGUUUUAUUUAUUUAUUUUUAAUUUGGGGGAAUUAAUGGAAAUUAUUGAUCUGAAUCAUGCGGUGAACGAAGGAGUGGAGAGAAACGGCGUCGCAGCAUGUGUGAAUGGAGGGGAAUGCGACAAAGGGGGAGGUGGCGGUUGCGUUUAUGGGUGUUUGUCGAUUUCGACUUCGUCGUGCUCUUCGAAUGCUGCUGCUGCGUCUGAGUCAUCUUCGCCUUGUUCGAAAAAAAAAUCUGAUGCUCCGCCGCCGCCGCCGCCGUCAUCGAUAUUUAUGGAGCUGUGGCAUGCUUGUGCUGGGCCGCUCACGAAUUUUCCGAAGAAAGGGAAUGUGGUUGUGUAUUUCCCACAAGGCCACGUGGAACAAGCUUCUUCCUCUGCUUUGACCUUUCCUCCCAUGGAGAUCCCCACUUUUGAUCUCCCCUCUCAAAUCUUUUGUAGGGUUGUUGAUGUUCAGCUUCUUGCAAACAAGGAAAAUGAUGAGGUGUACACUCAGCUGAACUUGCUUCCUCUAUCUGAGAUGGUGGGGCCGAAAUCAGAAGGCAAAGAGAGCGGAAACACGAGCGGUGACGAGGAUGAAACUAGGGUUCAGCCAGCAAAGUCGACUUCCCACAUGUUCUGCAAAACCCUCACCGCCUCCGAUACGAGCACCCACGGUGGAUUCUCUGUUCCUCGUAGAGCUGCUGAAGAUUGCUUCCCACCUCUGGAUUAUAAAGAACAAAGGCCCUCACAGGAACUCGUUGCUAAAGACCUCCAUGAAGUUGAUUGGAAAUUCAGACACAUUUACAGAGGUCAGCCAAGGCGGCAUUUGCUUACUACAGGAUGGAGUAUUUUUGUCAGCCAAAAGAAUCUCCAAUCGGGUGAUGCGGUUCUCUUUCUGAGGGGAGAAUCGGGAGAAUUGCGGUUGGGAAUAAGGAGAGCUGCUCGACCGAGAAAUGGUUUGCCUGAUUCGAUCAUUAAAAAUCAGACUUCUUUCAAAAAUGUUCUUUCUCCUUUGGCAAAUGCUUUAGCAAGCAAUGGCACAUUUCCCGUUUUCUACAGUCCAAGAGCGACGCACUCUGAUUUUGUCGUCCCCUACCAAAAAUAUGUCAAAUGUACCACCACUCGCAUACCUGUCGGGGCCAGAUUCAAAAUGAGAUUCGACUUUGACGAUUCUCCAGAACGAAGAUUCAGUGGAGUGGUGACUGGAAUCGGGGACUCGGAUCCAUAUAGAUGGCCGAACUCAAAAUGGAGAUGCCUUAUGGUACGUUGGGAUGACGAUAUAAUGAGUAACCACCAAGAACGAGUUUCUCCGUGGGACAUUGAUUUCUCAGGUAACUACGCAUCUAUGAGCAUUCAAUCGUCGCCUCGUACGAAGAAACUGAGGUCGGCCCCACACAGCAGCCCAAUCUCUGGGGGUGCAUCACUUUUGGACUUUGAGGAAUCGGUGAGAUCCUCUAAGGUCUUGCAAGGUCAAGAAAAUGUAGGUUUAGCAACACAUCUCUACAGGAGCGAUCAUCGAGUUACAAAUCGCCAGCUGGAGUUUGAUAUGCAGCCUACGGGAUUAGGAUUAUUUAAUCCCAACCCCGCACCGAACAGGAUUGAUAAGAUUAACUACGGGGAGUUUGUGAGGAACCAAACCCCCUCAACUUUUACCGGCUUUCUGGAAUCCAACUGGUUUCCAAAGGUCUUGCAAGGUCAAGAAAUUUGCUCGUUCAAAUCCCUAUCCGGGAAAACGGGCCUGGAUCUCGGUCCGUGGGCCAAACCCGAACCCGUUUACAAGGGUGUUCUUCAUCACAGCAGCAGCAACAACAACAACAACACGCAUCAAAGGCAUAGUAAUAAUAAUAUACUGCCCAGCUUUUAUCCUCUGGCUUCCGAAGGUUCUAGAAGCAUGCAUGUUCCGCACAAGGGCGUCUACCAAAGCACUCCUUCUAUGAUGAUGUCCAAUUUCUCCGAUUGUCAGACAAGGUCAUCGAAUCAUUUAUCGAACCGUACGUCUGUUCUGAGUGGGCCCACUAAUGCUGAACCGGUUUCGGACAAGGCAUCUUCGCCAGCUGUCACUUCGAUUAUGCAUGUGAAAAAUGUGAAUGAUGAUGAGAUUCAUUUAAAGGAGAAAGUCCCGACAUGUAAAAUAUUCGGGUUUUCGUUGACGGAAGAUCAUUCUGCUGCCCUUAAUUUACUCGGUCCUAGUAAGAGAAGCUGUACUAAGGUUCACAAACAAGGUAGCUUGGUGGGGAGAGCCGUUGAUCUGUCGAGAUUGUACGGUUACGAUGACUUACUCACCGAACUGGAGAGGCUGUUUAGCAUGGAAGGUCUAUUGCGGGACCCGAACAACGGAUGGCGGGUGUUGUACACUGAUAGCGACAACGACAUGAUGGUCGUCGGUGAUGACCCGUGGCAUGAGUUCGUGGAGGUGGUUACGAAGAUACAUAUAUACACGCAAGAGGAAGUGGAGAAGAUGAGCGUUGGCUUGAUGAAUAGUGACGACACGAAGAGCUGUUUGGAAGAAGCAGCCCCGCCAGCUGUGCCGGAUGUUUCCAAGUCAUCUUCCGUGGGCCAGCCCGAUUAGUUCUUUCUUUGUUCCGGGCCCCACAGGUUUGAUGCAAAAAAAUUUUAAAAAUGAUGUUGUUUCCCAAAUGUAUUGUUUAAUUAUUACAUGUGCUACUAAAUAAAAGUUUUGCAAGAUUGUGUUGUGACUCUGAUUUAUAGCUUAUGUUAUGGUGCUGCUUCUUUGUUUAAGAGACACUGUGUCGGAAUAAUAAUGUGGGAAUAAUAAAUGUUGUUGUACUAUGUAGAACUAUGUUGUGUAUUAUAUAUAAAAUGUUUGCAUUUA